GUCUGGACAUAAUGAACAAUGACGGGAUGAGGCGUUCACGACCAUCCAAUAGACCUUUCAUUCUCAUACAUCUGCAUUCAGCUACCUUUCACCCUUACAACCGACUUCACGACGGGACUGUUUCUGGCUGGGAUUGGUGUAUUCAGGUCACACACUGAAUCUUCGCUUGUUAGGCCGCGACAUUUCCAUCCGGAUGCCUUGGACUUCUUCCUUCCGGACACUUCAAUUCGUUCAACAAUAAUUCAACAACAAUCCGCCACUUUCACUUUCCUUACCGCAUACUCUACUCACAGCACAUCGUCCUUACUACAUUGCAACUUAAUACAUACCACCACUUUUACUUCACAUACUCCCGGAAAGACGAUAUAUCAUAGACUCAUCGAUCGUAUAACGUAGUUCCUCGGCUCAUUGGUGUAAACCAGGGCGUCCCACUCAUCCAUAGUCUCAGACCAUGGACUAUUCACAGCUUCGCGCCGCUGCUUUGCAGAACGGCGAGGAUGAAGAAGCAGUCACCGUCGAUACCAGGGCCCUGAUCGACAAGGUCCUGGCCAGAUACUCUGGAGAAUGGACAACGCUCAGAGAACUCAUUCAGAACGCCGCCGAUGCCCAGGCAACCACGGUCAAGAUCAAAUGGGAGACCAUACCCUCCGUCACUGUUCCGGCCCCGAACACCACGGACCCCUCCGAGCUUCUCAAGCACACCCUCACCCAUCACACCCUCCGUCGCCUAUUAGUGCAGAAUGAUGGCCAGCCGUUUGCCAACACAGAUUGGGCACGCUUGAAGAGGAUAGCCGAGGGCAACCCGGAUGAGACCAAGAUUGGUGCUUUUGGUGUUGGCUUUUACAGCGUCUUUGCUGAUUGCGAGGAGCCAUUCAUCAGCUCAGGGAAGGAAGCCAUGGCGUUCUACUGGAAGGGAAACGCCCUGUUCACCAGAAAGCUACAACUUCCGGUUGAACAGCAUAGUCGCGAGACCGCCUUUGUUCUCGAUUACCGGAACACAACAACGCCUCUGCCUAACUUGCUGUCCGUCAGUCAGUUCCUUGGAACCAGUUUGACCUUCGUUUCCCUGCAGAAGAUCGAGUUCUGGAUCGACGAUUGGAGAGUUCUCGCCCUACAGAAGAAGUCAUCACCUAGCGCUCAGAUUUCUAUUCCACGAGACCUCGAAACUAAGACCAAGAAUGGCCUCAUGAAGCUCACAGCAGCUGAACAAACCAGCACUCAGAUAGAUGCCAGCUUUAUGAGUGUGCUAGGCUGGAAGCCUACGCCCGCGUCAUCGUCAAACAAGUCGACCGAAUCUGCAUACACACCAGAGCCUUCUGGUCUGAAGGGAUUCUUUUCCAGGUUUACUUCGUCCGCCGCUCAGACGGCACAGCGCACAAAGGCGGCAAAGGAAGAGAAGGAAAUUCAGGAAGCAAUAGCCGAGGAUCUCACUGCUGUUUCCACCUCGACCAUUUUCCUCCGCAUCACUGCGGCCCAAAUAGCCACCAGCGUUUCUCCUUCAUUUGCAGCUGAACUGGAGCGUGCAACAAAGAAGCCUCCACCGAAAACCACUCGGAUUGCCCUUCUAACUUCCUCGUACGAUGAGACUGUUGCCUCAGAGGAGUCUGUUGCUUCUAACAAGGCUGCCAAGGCCAUCGAUGUCUUCUCCUCCGUGUUGCCUAGCAAGAAGCCUGGUGGACGCGUCUUCAUCGGCUUCCCCACCACCCAGACCACUGGUGCCGGCAUGCACAUUUCUGCGCCCUCAGUCAUCCCGACCGUGGAGCGCGAAGCCAUCGACUUGAAUGCUCGCUGGGUACGAACAUGGAACAUCGAAAUGCUUCGUGUGGCAGGCAUUAUUGCACGACUCGCCUUUGUCAAUGACAUGUCGGACCUAAACGAGAAGCUGAAGAGGAUAUCCAGUUCCAGCAACAGCAAAAAGGGGUCAGGAUAUGCUCCUGAGCAUGUCCAGAAAUUCGUGGCAGAGGCUCUCCAUAUCCUCAAGACUUACUCGUUCGAAGACUCUACUCCAAGCGCCCAGGUAGCGAAGAUCAUCGAGGAAGCCUUCUGGACCUCUUACCGGAAGGCCUCUAUCGAGGUUUAUUCUUCUCAGGGUGUCUUGCAGACGAAUCAGGUCCGACUGUUUUCUGAGGAUUACGCAAAGUUCCUGAGCGGAAUCCCCAUCAUACUGAAGGACAUGCAAGCCGCCCCGUUCAUUCAGAAACUUAUAGAUUAUGGGUUGCUCGAACAAAUCACUGUCGAAGAUGUUGUCAAGGAACUGGGCUCGAAGGCCAUGGACAAGCAGCAACUCCACCAUUUCGUGGUGUGGUUAGCCAAGACUGCCGCUUCGGGUGAACUCAAAUCCCACCAUAUCCAGCAUGUUCUCGAUGUUGCUGUGGCUACAAUUUCUGACGACGGGAAUGGCGGUGAAAUCAUUGCCUUGGGCUCCAUCAAGAACUAUCUCAACAACAGGAUACCAGCGACACUACCUAUUCCCCCAACCACUAUACCUGUCGCCUUUACAGCCGAUAUUCCUGAAGUCCAGCUACAGUCGAUUGGCUGGGAGCCUCUAGGUAUCGUCCCUUGGCUCAGGUUCUUGAUCGCAUAUGCAUCUAGCAAGAAUGAGGAGCAAGAUCUUACAAAGUCAAGCAAGUUCUCUGUACAAGUCCUUUCGGUUCUCUCAAAGAACUGGGAUAACUUGAGUCCUAGCGAUAAGUCAUCCGUGGUGUCAGCCUUGGAACACCUGACCGUCAUACCCACAAAGCUGGGCAUGCGCAAGCCCAAGGAGUCUUUCUUUUCUAGUGUCAAGCUUUUCCACGAUCUUCCGACCAUCGAGGGCUGUGACAGACUCAAAGAGAAGUUCUUGGUGGCUUUGGGAGUUCGUAAGACUCUUGACUUGGAAACCAUCUUCACCAGGCUUUUGAAUCCCGCACCUGCCGCUGAGGGAGAAGCCGGGGCCAAGAAAUGGAGUCAUGUCGAGCUUAUCAAGUACCUUGCUUCGGUGAAGAACGAUAUCCCGGCUGAGGAUAUGAAGAGGCUAAAGCAGUCCAAACUCUGUCCUGCCGAAGACGGUACCUCGUCCGGGGGACCAGAGUCUAGAAAGGGUACUGAGAAACUCUAUAAACUGUCUGAGCUCUACGAGCCCAAGGAUUCUCUGCGGCUUUUGCAACUUCCGACUCUCCAUUGGCCAGGCAUCUGGAAGGCGAACAGCCCUGAGGGCGCCUUUCUUUUCUCGCUCGGGUUGCGCCCUUAUCCGGCGGUCCCUGAGCUGAUCGACAUGAUGACUUCGCCUAAUGCGGACACUCGGAAGAAUUCCAUGGCGUACUUCAUCAAUAACUAUCAGCUCAAUCAGUACGGAACUUACAACCUGUCUAGGAUCGACAACGCCAUCUUGCCGCUCCAAGGGAACGAGAAGAAGCUUGUCCGUCCUUCCCAUUGCUUCACGAAUCCAGAUGCAGCAAUUCUUGGAUACGACAUCCUGCGUAGAGACCUUCAUGAUCAUGCCAGCAAGUUCGGCGUCGCGCGGGAUCCAAGUAUCUUGGAGUGCGUUGGCAGACUGAUCGCUAGUCCACCCAAGGAUCACCAGGAAGCCGUCAGGGUAUUCAGCUAUUUUACAACCCGUAUUGCGGAACUGGGAUUAUCUCACGUUACCAAACUUCGGAGUUCCGCCAUCAUUCCCGUAACACGACGGAAAGUGUCCAGCGAGAAGGGUGAAACCAAGGUGGUCUACAUCAUUCCUCCGAACUGCUACCUUGGAACAUCCUCUACCUACGGCGAGAUCUUCGACUUCGUUGACUUUGGUCCCAACGCUAACGUCUUUCUUUUCAAAUGCGGUGCGAAGGAAGAACCAACCAAGCCGGAGAUUGCCCUUAUGGCAUGUAGCGAACCGGCGAGACUAUUGAGCACCUUACAGAGCUCAGAUAAAUAUCUUAAUCUCCUCCGGUCUCUGGCGGAUGAGUUGGACACUCUCAAGAAAGACAAGGAGUUGUUCAAGAAGAUGACCACAUCUGCAUGGCUUCUCGGUUCUCGCGACAUCUCAAGCACCAAGGAUGAGUCUGACUCGGGCGAUUAUGAUGCGCCUAUCAAACAGUAUCAGCUCGCCUCACCUCAGCAGAUUACAAUCUUGGACGACAUUAUCUGCUAUCGUCUUUUCAAGGACUCCUUGCUUUUUGCACCUGAGGACGAUUCUCUCGAGGCCUUUUACGCCGCACUGGGGUCCGAGGCGAUCAGCAGCAAAGUCUCUAUGGAGCACAGAAUCGGCCCUGCCGCUGAGAAGCAGGAUAUUGCGGCCACCAUGCGCAAGCUUGUCAUUGAGCGCUCCAAGAUCUUCUUGUUUGAGUACUCCAAGUACAAGAAGUCUUCCAUCAAGCAUGAUGCCAGGUGGUUGGAGAAGAACUUGCAGGUGAAAGCUGUCACCUCCUUGGCUCUUAGGCGAUCACUCAAGGGUUACAACCAGCAACAUACCGAAAAGCGUUCUGCGGCCGCUGUGUAUAGGGACGGCAACUGGAUUCUUUACAUUUCGACACACAGCCGUAGUCCAGACUUGUACCAGGUUGGCCAGGCUAUCUGCACGAUGCUGCUGAGCCGCCAUGGUCAGCAAGCUUACUUCUUCAUCGAGCCAUUCCUCAAGCUGGAUCUUCUGGAGCUCCGAGCGCGCGGCUACAAUGUUGACCGCAUUCUUAGAGCGAAGGCUGCAGAGGCCCGGAUUGCUGAGGAAGAGAGACGGAAGGCGCUUGAGGCGGAAGAGCAGAGAAUCCGUGAACGCGAGAAGGACUGGGCACAGCAACAGGUAGCUACCGCCGACAACACCGUUGCCAGGGCCCCUCAAACCCCUCGGCAGCCCGACCAUCCUCGUAUGCCGGGAGGUUUCGAUGAUUCUUCCGACCUUGACACAGCCCCUCAACCCAUCAAGAAGUUCGGAGACUUCUUUAGCGGCAUCAAGAAGUCACUGGGCCUCGAGGCUGAUAACGACGCGAACAGGCCACCCACCCAGCAACCCGGUACUCGCGCACCUGAGCAAUUGGGACCUGGUAGCGGCGGCAGUGGUAGCGGCAGCGGUGGUGGUGGUGGUGGUGGUGGUGGUGGUGGUGCUGAUGGCGACAACAACGACGGACGAGUGACCUCGCCCGCGGUGGUGCAGCAGAACUUGCUCAGCGCCAUCAAAUCCACACGCGCGCACGAUUCCUCCGGUGUCUUCGCUCCUCCUACUCAGACGGAGAUCACCGAACAGUCCACUUACUGCGACUCAACGCCUGCUACCAACAUGAACUUUGUCGCAGAAGCGCCCGGUGGCAUGCGCGUCUUCCUCGCCAAGGAUGUUUCCGUCAACCCGGGCCAGUUCCUCAGCUCCAACAUUGCCGGCAUCAGCAAGUUCGAGACGCUCCUCAAGGACGUGGCGAAUGUGUACAACCUACCCGCUCACUCACUCCAUAUUUACUACGAUGAGCAAGGUCCAACAAUUGCGUUCAACAAGAGCGGCAGUAUCUUCUGCAACUACCGCUUCUUCUCCCAGCUUCAUUUGGCCAAGUUGACCGGGUUUGGGCCAAAUGAUGCUGGUGGUGGCGUGGGCAGAGCCGAGGCGACGGUUUGGUGGUGGGUCACUAUUGCGCAUGAGUUGGCGCAUAACCUUGUUAGUCCUCAUAACUCGGCGCAUAGCUAUUAUACCGAGUCCUUCAUCCAAGAGUACUUUGGCAAAAUGAUGGCCAUGACAGCCAUGUGGGCGACACAAGCUCAGUCUCAAGCAUUGCAAGCAUUGGGAUCGUCGGCUCGUAACAGCCUUCCUGCACCACCACCUCCUCCACAGCAAGGAACCGGUGUCCUGGGCAGCAUAGCUGGAAAUCCGUUCCAUACGGCGCAUUCUAGUCUCUCAUCUGUGGCUGGUCGGGGACAACAGGAGCCUCCGCCGCCUUAUGAGGAUGGGAGGAGCUUGACUGGUGGUCAGGCUCAUGGAAAUCAAGGGUAUCGUAGCCUUCUUGAUUAAGCAUCGUUUUGCUUUAUUUGGUUGGGCGUGGUGUUUUAGAAGGGAGGUUUUGUUCAUAGACAUGAUGGUGUCAGUUCGCUGACUGUGAUGGAAUGUUAGGUAAAUACGGGGAGAUGAGGGAGACUAGGUAGUCACUAGAUGCGUAGAUCUCAUCGAGUGUUGUAGAAGUGCUGUCAGUUAUACAUAUGUACAUACCUCGAGUAGACGAGGUGGAAUUGGAGUUAAGGGGAAAUAUAUAGCGUUGCUCAUUUUGAAGCACUUCCAGAUACCAGUCACUCUCACCCAAGUAUCAACCUCGAUUCUUCAACCCUAGUUGCUAG